AUGGUCAACUUCAAGAACCUCGCUAUCGCUGCGACUACCCUCUUCGGGCUCGCCCUGGGUGCUCCCGUGGCACAGGGUGAGAGCGGCAAGGUCGUUCCAGGCAGCUACAUCGUCACUCUCAAGCCUGAUGCUAAGGCUUCAGAGCUCACUAGCCACCUCAAGUGGGUCGAUGAUGUUCACAAGCGCAGCCUCACCAAGCGUGAUACCGACAACGGCGUCGAGAGGACCUACGAUGGCAAGUAUGGCUUCAAGGGCUAUGCUGGCACCUUCGAUAAGGCGACCAUCCAGGAAAUCAAGGACAACCCCCUUGUUGAACUUGUUGAACAAGAUCGUGUCUGGACCCUCGACUGGAUCACGGAAGAGCAGGAGGAGGCUCAUGUGCAGAAGAGGGCCUUGACCACGCAGUCGAGUGCCACCUGGGGCCUUGGAACUGUCUCGCACCGUUCUCGAGGCUCUACCAGCUACAUCUACGACACCAAUGCUGGUCAAGGCACUUAUGCCUAUGUUGUUGACACGGGCAUUCGAGCUACCCACAGCGAGUUUGAGGGUCGUGCUACUGCGGCUUGGACUGCCUUCAGCGGCGACAACGCUGACACCUUUGGACACGGCACUCAUGUUGCCGGCACGAUCGCCGGAAAGACAUACGGCGUUGCCAAGAAGGCCAACAUUAUUGCUGCCAAGGUCUUCCAGGGGCAGUCGUCGACCACUGCGAUUAUCCUGUCUGGUUUUAACUGGGCUGUCAAUGAUAUCAUCAGCAAGGGGCGCACCACCAAGUCAGUCAUCAACAUGUCCCUGGGUGGUGGGUACUCGGCUACUUUCAACAACGCUGUCGAGUCUGCCUCCAGCUCUGGUGUCCUCUCCGUCAUCGCUGCCGGAAACGAGGCGCAGAAUGCCGCUAACACCUCCCCUGCCUCGGCUCCUAGCGCUGUGACCGUCGGUGCCAUCGACAGCAACUGGGCCAUCGCCAGCUACUCCAACUACGGCAGCGUCCUCGACAUCUUUGGCCCCGGCAGCAGCGUUCUCUCUGCGUGGUACACGAGCGACUCGGCCACCAACACCAUCAGCGGAACCUCGAUGGCUACUCCCCACAUCGUCGGCCUUGCUUUGUAUGGCAUCUCGGUUGAAGGUGUGUCUGGAGUUAGUGGCGUCACAAACUGGCUCAAGACAACGGCCACCUCUGGCAAGAUCACGGGCAGCCUCCGCAGCUCCCCUAACCUCAUCGGCAACAAUGGCAACUCGCUUCAGUAA